CGCAGCGCCUAUGUCCUCCAAAAUUCUGUCGUCUUGGAUGGAGCGCGACCGCCGCCGCCAAUUAGCCUUCCUGCUUCGCCGCCGACCGCCGCCGCCAAUUACCGUCCUCCUGCAUCGGCGCCGACCGCCGCCGACGCCAUGCCGUCUUUCUGCGUCGACCGCCGCCGACGCCAUACCGCCUUCCCGCGUCGACCGCCGCUGCCGCCAUCGACACCCCGUCCUCCUGCAUCGAGGGCGGCCGCCACCUCCACCAUCUCGUAUUGCUGCGUCGAGCGCAAACGCCACCGCGACACCCCCUUCCUCCGCAAGCCACGUAGACGGAAUCGCCGCCGCGACACCCCUUCCUCCGCAAGCCACGUAGACGGAAUCGCCGCCGCCACAUCAAGCGACACCAGCAUCGCGUGCGAGUGCCUCCGCCACCAGAUCAGCCUGGUCCUGCAUCGCGGGCGAGCGCCGCCGCCACCAGGUCGGCCCCGUCGUGCGUCGCCGGCGAGAGACGCCGCCACCAAUCUCGCCGCCAGGUGCUGGCAAGGAGGAGGGUGAAGAGUAUCACCUCGUGGUUAGCAAGACCUUCAGAAGUGAGGACGAAGGAUAUGAGUUCUACAAUGAAUAUGCAAAGGUCAAAGGGUUCAGUAUUAGGAAUGAGGAGGUGAAAUAUUUGCCAGGCACACGGGCUCGAUUCAGGCGGUUUUACACAUGCUUUAAACAAAGGAUACCGUACAUUGGAAGAGUGAUUCUACUUAUUUUGCUUAAAACUGAAUGUAAUUGCAAGAGUGAUUCUACUUAUUUUGCUUAAUUUAAUUGGUACUCAUUCUGCUGUCAAAUAAUUUGAAAUGUAAUAUUUCAGUCCGUUUGUAAACUGCGUUUAGCCAAUUUUACUCAUAGGCAUUGGUUUA